AUGUCGAAGAAGGAACAAAAAAUUGCGAAACAAGCUGAAUUAUCUCCGAAGGAAAGAACUUUCUUUUGGUAUUAUUUCCUAAUUCAUAUCCCCAUCACUAUAUUCAUUGAUGCAUCUGUGAUAAUUCCAUCGAAUUGGCAAGUUGGUAGUACUAUAGUAUCAUGGCAUAUUCAACAAAAUAAUGACUUUUUAUUAUGGGAAAAACCAUUAUGGUUGAAAAUUUGUGUUUUUUUUGAAUUAGUUUCCCAAUUACCAUUAUUCUUCUACUUCCUCAAAAGAUUAAAUGAGAAAUAUUAUGAAAAUGCUCGUCUUAUUGAUAGGAAACGCUUGAAUAAAUGGUUAUUCAGAUAUGGAUUGAUUGCAUCAGCCACUACAUUUUAUUGUUUAUAUGAGAUUGCUAAAAGGGGUCACUAUCCAUUCUUAGGAAGUGAUGAGACCUUAGUCCCCUUGAGUAAUGCUGAUAAAUUAAAACUUAUUGGUGUUUAUUUGCCAACAUUUUUGAUCCCUUUAAGAUUAUUGCUUCUAUGA